AUGGCCGCUGCUUCCAAGCAACGCCGGCCUUUGGUCGACAUUUACCCCAUCGUCUUUUCAAACCCCGGCAUCGCCGUCAAGACUGAAAACGUUCCUUCCGAUUUGAAUCCCAAUGGCGAUCUCAUUCUUGACCCCUUCGGAAAUAUCUACUGUUUCGUGUGUCAAGUCAGAGUGCCGCCUGGUUCGUCUAACUGCACUCAACAUCUCGGCGGCAAGAAGCAUGACACAAACAACAAACGUUUUCCUUCCCCUGAUGAGAAGCAGGCGAUUCGCGCGAGUUACGUUCAGGCUGCCCUUCAACAGCGCCGAGGCAUGUCAGAAAUCUCAGCAGAGAAUCCUACCUCUUCACCUCCACCGCCUAUAUCGGCUGGGGAGCCAUCUACUCCGCCCGACACUAUCGCGCCGCCGCCUAUAUAUGCGAAUGGUCGGAGCGAAGCACCCCACUCCGAAAUUGAGCCCAUCACGGAUGAGCCGCCCCAAUCCCCUCCCAUCCAGAGGGCCCGAAAGACAAAGCGAUUGGCACUUACAAAGAAGUAUCAAGAGACUACGAUCGACAAGAGCGCAUUUCUGAAAAGCCUUUUGUCUGACGAUGAGACAGAGAGCGUCAUGGAAGUUGAGCAGUCCGCUACACCUGAGCAACCGUCCAAUGAAGAUGAAUCAGAAAACGACUCCCCAUCACAUUGUUUGGAUCUAGAUGAACGGACAAAGCCCUUUGGUCCACUGAAUUUCAAUCCGGUUCCUUUUCCCGUUUCAUUCGAAGACAUGAAUACUGACGAAACUGUGCAAUCUGAGACUGCCGCUAAUAUCCGCGAGCUCUUGUUUACUACUCCCACGCCUAAGAAAAAGGCCAAAUCUGCGCGCGCCCAUCUCGGUUCAGAUGGCAAGGGUCCUAAAUCGAACGAUGACCAAGCUUCCACAGAGGAGGAGAACGACGAAGAGUAUAUUCCUAUCGCGGGCAGGUCAAAAAACGAGCCGGACGGCGAAGAAGGAGCCGUCCCGGAAAACGAGGCUUCUCCAGAACCUUUGAUUAUUCUCAAGGACAAGAAUGGAGAUGAGUUGCCGUCAUGGCUUCUUGACGUGGAGCCAACUCAGAAUGUUCUAUACUCUGGAGAUUCAUCUGUAGCCUUGCACUUCGAAAUUCUGCAGUUCUUGCAGUUUGUGUCGCCGACAGCGGAGGAAGAACAAUGUCGAAGUGAAAUGGCGCAAUCUGUAGAGACGAUUAUCAAGCAGCUAUGGCCAGAGAGCACCGUCUCUCUCUUCGGCUCGUAUGCAACUGGAUUGUACUUGCCAACAAGUGAUAUUGAUAUCUGUAUCAUGGAUACCCCGAAAAAGGGCGAACUUGACGAAUUUGAACAGCUAGCAGCGGCCAUUCGGAACGUUACUGGUUUUGCGCGUCGCGUCCAUAUCAUCAAGGCAAAAGUCCCUUUGGUCAAAAUCAUAGCCCGGAAGAGUGGUAUGAAUUGUGACAUAUGCAUCGGGAGAAACAACGGACCCAAGAACGUGCCGGUGAUCAAGAAGUAUUUGGAAACCUACCCAGCCUUGCGUCCUCUUUUGAUGAUUGUGAAGUGUUUCCUACAACAACGGGAUCUGAACGAAACAUACAGCGGGGGCCUUGGCUCUUAUACGCUUCUCCUGUUCGUGGUAUCUCACCUACAGAUGCUGAAGUACAAUUUCCCGAACUCGAAGGCAAAUUUGGGGGCCGUACUCCAGGCAUUCUUCCAAUUUUACGGUCGCAUGUUCAACUUGUGUCUCGCCGGUAUCCGUGUCAAGGACAACGGAUGUUACUUUGAUAAAUUUGACAAGUACAAGACUGUAGCGUCAGAAGUGCUCCGGUUCAGUGUCGAAGAUCCAAACGACGAAACGAACGAACUCGGGAGAAAUGGCUAUGCCGCGUCCAGAGUUCGAAAAGCAUUCAUUAACGCAUCUAAUACCCUAAUUAAUUGGCGUCGUGACGAUUCUUCGGCCUCUCCAACGCCGCUUGGUUCGAUUCUGCAAUGUGACAUAAAGCUGCAGCUCCGGCGCAGAAAGGUAAUUGAGGAUAUGGAGGCAAGGGGCCUGCAUCCUCUCCGUAGUUCUAUGACCAAAGCCGAUGAUGAAGGGAAACAAACCACGUCUAGAAGGAAGCAAAGCAAUAGCGAUAUGGAACAAAAAAGGGGGAGCGCAGAAAAUGAGGAGACUUCUAUCGGUUCGGGACGCGCUCAAAGGCGAGGUCGCGAACCAAGAAGCCGAGAUCCUCGGGAGCGGGACAAUCAAGAUUGGGAUACGACUUCAGGUGAACGAAAAGGAAGAGAGAGAGAAUCCCGUGACAGGGACCCUCGAUUAGCAAAGCGACGGCGAUCUUCGCACGAGCGAGGCAACGAGCGGACGAGAAUUGAGGCAGAGGGAUUCAAUUACAACGCCUCGGCGGUUGCUCACGAGGGUCUUCCACCAGGUGCCGCGGGAAUGAACCCAGGCUUCAGUAGCCAAACCUACGCAGCACAGCCAGGCGGUCAGAACGUUGGACCCAUCGGAUACAAUAGUAUAUCCAAUGCGAACAUGUACGGCGAAGGCGUGUACGGAAACCAAGGGGUGUACGGUGAGUACGGAGCUGCACCGUACCAGGUUUCGACACCAGGUUAUGAAUACACUGGUGUGGGACCUGAGGGUAUGCCAGCAGCGCCUUACGAUGCUGCCGUGUACGUCGACGGAUCUGCGCACUCGAUGCAGCAAAUGGCGGUACCGUACAGGCAAGAGCAGCGUGGUGGCCCUGGGCGUCGACAACGGAGCGGCAGGAAGCGGAACAGCUACCGCUCGCGAAGUAACUACCGCGGACGGUAA